AUGAGUGCGCCGGACUGGGACACUGCCUAUGUCAACGAAGAGCAUGUUGAUGCCUUCACCCAGGCACUCUCCUACAAUGAUCUUACUCCAGCAGAGGGCGAGUUUACUCCUGGGUCGCCCAGAUCACCUGGUGUACCGAUUGACUCGCCUAGUCUGGGCAGUGCUACACAAAAGAACAACCAAGUAGGCGGAGCCCAAACGUGGCAAUACGGCCCCGAUAAUGGCGCUCUUGGAAGUGGCCUGGACAAAGAUGCUCGUGUGGAAAAGUUGACGGCCACGAGCGACUUUGCACCCAUACACCAACGCGUAUCCCGCAGACGGCAAGCCCGCGCCACCUCACAAGGCCUCACCUACCACCUGAUACGGUGGCCUCUCCUCUUCUUCUUCUUCUUCAUCAUCUAUCUCGAAUUUUCAGCCUACGUUGUCACUCGCCAAGUAGUGAACGUAUUCGAAUGGCUUGUAGCAUGGAGGGGACACAAGGCGAAACUAAGAAGAGAGCUACGCAAGGCAAAGACGUACGAAGAAUGGACGGCCGCAGCUCUUAAGCUUGAUGAGCACAUGGGGUUUGAGGACUGGAAGGAGAUAGAAGAAGAUUCGUAUUUCGAUUGGACUCUGGUUAGGCGCGUAAAGAGGACUCUCACGCGUUUGCGUUCCGCCAACGAUACAAGAGGAUUGAUGGACGCACUCGCUGUCUGCGUCAGGGCAAAUUUCGCCGGUACGGAGAGCGUCAAGAUGUACAGCGAGACGUUCAUCGGUACCAAAAAGGUUGUUGAAGCGCACGUCAAAGAGGUUGCCGCCUCAUUGGACUAUGUGCGCACCGCCUCGGAUGUAUCGCUCGAGGAGAAACGAGCAUUCUUCAGAGCUAUCAACAAGCAUUAUGGCUCAAGUGCUCUAUGUCUUUCGGGGGGCGCAUCGUUUGGCUACUAUCACUUUGGUGUGAUCAGAGCGUUCCUCGAAGCCGACCUCUUACCUCGUGUCGUUACCGGUACAUCAGCAGGAGGCCUCGCAGCGGCCCUCGUCUGUACGCGAACCAAUGAUGAGCUCAAGGAGCUUUUGGUCCCCGAGCUGGCAGACAAGAUCACAGCUUGCGAGGAUUCUUUCAGGGUUUGGAUUCCGAGAUGGAGGGCAACCGGUGCGCGAUUCGACACCAUCAAAUGGGCCAAAAAGGCUAUGUGGUUCACCAGAGGUUCUUUGACAUUCAAGGAAGCAUAUGCUAGGACAGGACGAGCAUUGAACAUUUCUGUAGUGCCAUCAGAUCGUCACUCCCCGACCAUUCUUCUGAACCAUUUAACAGCCCCGAAUUGUCUCAUCUGGUCUGCAAUCAUCGCCAGCGCGGCCGUUCCUGGUAUCCUCAACCCAGUUGUUUUGAUGGCCAAGGAUAGGAAUGGGAAUGUGAAGCCUCACAAUCUUGGUGGCUCGCGAUUCAAGGAUGGCAGUCUGAGAGAAGACAUCCCGUUGGGAAGCCUCCACACACAGUUCAACUGCAACUUUUCCAUCGUAUCCCAAACCAACCCUCACAUUCAUCUGUUCUUUUUUGCUCCACGAGGUUCUGUUGGCCGCCCUGUCGCACACCGCAAAGGAAAAGGCUGGCGAGGAGGUUUCCUACUGUCGGCUUUGGAAAGCUACAUCAAGCUUGACCUGAGCAAACAUUUCAAAGUCAUUCGCGACUUGGAUCUGAUGCCUCAAAUACUGCAGAGUGAUUGGAGCGGUGUCUUUCUCCAGAGGUUUAGCGGCGAUCUGACUUUGACGCCAAGGAGCACUAUCCAAGAUUGGUUCCAUAUCUUGUCCGAUCCGACUAGGCAGCAGCUGGAGCGCAUGUUGACGGUCGGAGAGAAGGUGACUUGGCCUGCUUUGAGGAUGGUCCGAAACAGGAUGACCAUUGAGCGAGCCAUCCUUCGAGGCCGCACAGAGGUCCGCUCCGCUCUGAACCGUAAUCGUACAUCCAACGAUCACCCACACUCUCUACCGGCUGCAGUGGCCACCGAUGCCGACCCCAACUCUGUCUUUGACCACAUCCCCAUCGAAUCCGAUGUUGACGCGGGAUUCACCAGCCGGUCAAAGCGCGUCAAGGCUAGAAACGGUCGGGGCGUCGCCGACCCGGAAGCUUUAAGUCUAGCAGGAGUGUUUCAAUCGGAAAGCGAGACGAGAGGUGCGAGGAAGCGUCGAGGCCAGACACCAAGCAAAAAAGACAAUGGCAAGGUCGAAACAUUGAAGGACAUUCCAGAAUCUUCAAGUGUGCCAUUCCCUGCCAGCGGAAGCCCACAGAAGGGCUACUUUGGGGAAACCCUUCGUCAUGUCCGAGCACCAUCUCUCUCCUCUCUCAGCUCGCCUUUUCGGUCGAUCCGCUCUUCCCUUCCCUCCAAGUCUGCAUCGGCCGACUCUGCUCCAUCUUCUUCUGUCCCUCAAAGUCCGGCCACUAUCAGUCAGAGACCGAGGUCACAAUUGAGCAUCACGAGGUGGUUUGGGGGUGCGUCGGAAAGCUCCUCCGAAGAGGAUGAGGAAGAAGAGGAGUUGUUGAGGAUCAGAAGCAGGAGGGGGACGGCUACUUCGAGCGAGGAUGGAAUAUCGGGGUUCCAGCUAGACACUGCCGUCGACUCGCACUCAGAAUCAGAUAGUGAAGGCGCGGGUGGCGUUCAUACACCUGCUCAGGUCUUCUCCGAGCCUCAUUCAAUCACAGACGCGCUAGAGUCUGAAGGCGUCACCCCGAUACCUGGUGGCGAGAGAGUCAGUCAAGAGACGAUCGAUGCUGGGGCUGCUGCAGGUCAGCGGCUGAGGAGGAACACAGGAGAGAGGAAAGGGAAGAAGAGUCACACGGGCGAAGGGAAGGCGAGCACAGAGACACCACCAGGUCAGGACGGGUGA